AUGGCCGAAAUCGGGUUCAAGCAUCCAUACGUCCUGCACUUGAUGCUUGCAUUCACAGCAUUGCAUCUGGCAUACUCGCGUCCGCACCGCAAGGAGGAAUAUGUCGCGAUGGCCGACCGUCACUACGAGCGCGCUCUGGUUCUGGUUACACCACAGAUUACAAACUUAAAUCCUGAGAACUCUGAUGCAAUACUGCUUGCCGAACAACUGAUAUGUUUUAUCAGCUGGGGUCGAGGUCCGCAACCUGGGGAAUACCUUGCUUUUGGCCGAGAUAAGAAAUCAGAUUGGUUGGUCAUGUUCCGCGGCAUCCGAGCAACCUCGUCAAACGUUGAACUACUGCAAUCUGAGCGACCAAGUGCAGCUGCAGCAAACGGGAUAUUACCCCCGUUGCCACCCCUAGAAGAACCCGAAGAUUACGAGAAGCAGCUGGAGAGCCUGAUGGCGUUUGUGCGCUCCAUGUCAAAAGACACGCCUGGCUACAGGAACGAUGUCGAGGCUGUUUACAUCCUCCGAGAAAUGUACGAAAAUCGUUAUCGAAGUGGCGAGGGCGAGUACCACGUGUCGUUUGGGUGGCUCUACCGUGUGUCGGACGACUUUCUAGAGCGGCUGCAGCAGCACGACCCCGUUCCGAUGAUCAUCUAUGCACACUUUGUAGUCCUAGUGCGUAUUCUCGAACAGUUUUGGUACAUGCAAGGAUGGACACAUCACAUCGUGAGCGGUAUUUGGGACUUGCUGCCCACAGAAUAUAGAGCUUGGUUGGACUGGCCCAUUAAGAGAAUAGGCUGGAUCAGACCCUAA